CGACGAUAUCCUCUACCGGCUGUUGAGGCAGCAAGCGGGAAAAGGUGAAGCUGGGAGAAGUAAGGGACGGUGAAAUUUACAAAACUUUGACUUGCAUGAGAGAAAUGAUGGAGGGCAUGAAGGAGGAAAGGCUGAAGCUUCAAGUUAUGUUGGCCAAAGGGAAAAAUAGUAAGAGGAAGGGGAAAGAGCCGACGAAAGAAGAAAGUGACAGUGAGAGCGAGGAGGAAAAAGAGCCGCCUCGCAAGUUGACAAAGGCGGAGAGGAAGGUCUUGAAUCAAAUUCAAGGCGGACAGGGGACCUCCCGUAAACAGGGGAGGAAUGGUGGACAGAAUAAUCAAGGAGGGAAUGGCAAUGUUGGCACUGGUUCGUCAGGACAAAGUUCCCAAGAUCAACGGCAGUUCCAGCCGCAGGGUGGAAGAGGCCGCGGUCGAGGCCGUGGAAACAGACAGCGAAGCCGUUGGGCGUGGCAGCAGGAAGCCACAUGUAACUAUUGCGCAGAAAAAUACCAUAUUAUGCGGUUUUGCCAACUCCUUUCAAAAGAUGAGAAGGAAGGGAUAGUCUUCACUACUAUACAUGGUGAAAUCUUUGAUUACGAAGGGAAUUCGAUCGACCCCAACAUUGAAGGGGGUAUGAGGAAGGAGGCGUAUCGCCGAAUGGGUCGUCCGCUACUAGCAACGUUCCAGGUUGCUUCUCCUGAAGAAGCACGGUUGGCCGAGGUCGAGGAGGUCAUGGCGUCAUUGCAUAUCUACGACUCACUGGUGGAGCCAGAAGGAUUCAGGGAACAACUAGUGGAACGAGCUCAAACCAUCACUAGGCGACUUGCCCGAUGCCGGGACUCUAUCAUCCGACUUUAUGUGGACAUGGAGGAAGUCUGGCCUGGAUUGCCGAAUGUCUUUCUCUUUGGCGAAUGGGGUGAUAAAAGGGAAGAUGCGUCUGGCCAAGCAGGGACAUCRGCUCCGAGAGAAACAUCACAAACUGGGCCAAUGGUAAGCACGAUGCGACCUAGGCCUGUGCUAAAGAGGAGUGCCCCGACUGUAGCCGUUCAGACUCGGGUGCGGCGACGAAACGAACAGCUUCAAAAGGAGAAAGAGUCUGAAAAGGCAUUGGAAGAAGGGCCUAUUUCCAUUAGUGAGAACGAAGAGGACAAUGAGGACGAGAAGUUGCGGGCCGAAGAGGAAGAACGGGUUCGUCGUCGUGCACUGGAAAGGGAGCCGGAGAAAGGGAAGGCUGAAGUAAGCGAGGAGGAGCCACGAAAGAAGAAGAAUAUUUAUUCGAUCCCCGUGAAGCAGGGGGUCGAUAUCGAGCAACUUGUUAAUAAGAUUCUGGAAAGUCAGCGCGACUUGGUCACGCUGAAGGAAAUUUUGGCGGUAUCGCCGAAAAUUCGAGAAGAGUUUAAACAGCGGAUAACUCGUAAGAGAGUCAUGACUGUUAAGCUCGACGAAAUCAUUCCGCGGGAGGCUAACUGGUCCCCGCCUGGAACAAAGAUGGAUUGGCGAAGUGUGUCGACUGGCCAUAUGAAGGUCCAGAUUGGACAGCAGGAGUACUCAGCACUGGUGGAUGAUGGAGCCGAGAUGAAUAUCAUUCGUGAGCGCCAUGCCAUCGAAGCUGGGUUGAAGAUCAACCGAGAUGACUAUGGGUUUUUGGUGGGAGCAAGUGGAUCAACUCCAUUUUGUGGAACAACCAGUGACAUUCUCGUCACGAUCGGAAAGGUCAAGGUCCGUUCGUAUUUCUACGUGUUACCUAGAGUGGAACACGAGAACCGGCUGAACCCGAAAUCCUAUAGCUUCCCGGAGUCAGAAAAGUUGAGACGGGAGAAGGAAUCGUUAGGGGAGGAGCCGAAUCCUCGUGAGUUCUCGCUGACCCUGCCUGAUAUUGGGCAGGCAAUCGAUCUCGUGUCGACACAUGCGGCGAUCGAUCCGAAUGUGGUACAAGCCUUGACGGAGAUCAUCAUGGACAUCGGAAGCACAGGGACUAUGCGCCUUGUUUACUCCCCGUCGGAAGAACUCGUGGUGGAGGAACCUUUCAUCGAAGAGGAUCCAUGGGCCGAGCAGACCGCAGAGGAAAUGAUGAGGCUGACUUUGACCGGUGACAUCGACCUUAUGCUUGAUCCGCUAAUGAUUGAACAGGGCCAUACGCGGGCUGAUGACGCUUUCCAGAUCGUUGGAAGGAUGUCAUAUAUCAUGAAUUUGUUGGUUCACGAGGAUCGCCUGAGGAUAAUGAAUGCGGAGGAAGGAGGCGGUGAGGUCAAAGAAGCGUUUAAGGAAAAUGAGUACAAAGGGGAAUAUAAGAAAAUAGGCAUGUGGUUGAAUGGGGAAUUGGGCGAAAGUGAGGUUGAUCCGGUUGUGCGAGAGAAAAGCAAAGGAUUCGUUGUUCGUGACAGUUAUCUCUUUAAGAAGGCUGCUGAUGGUGUCCCAAAGAGGGUGGUAUGCGGGAUCUCUCGGCAGUUGGAUGUGAUUGCUGCCCUGCAUGAUGGGGUAGCCGACGGACACAGAUCUGCGCGGGUAACUUUGAACAAGAUCCAACGUCUUUAUUCUUGGGAAGGGAUGAGCAAGAUGGUGAUUGACUUUUGUAAAUCUUGUUUCUCUUGCCAGCAGAGGUCUAACAUCCGCUACCUCGAGCCCCUGAGUCCACGUUAUGUGGCAGAACCAGGUGCGGUGGUGCAUUUGGAUCUUUUGGUAAUGCCACCUGGGAUAAAUGGAUACAGAUACAUCUUUGAUGCACAGGACAAUUUGACUGGGUUCGUUGAUGGUCGUGCCAUUCGCGAACGUACUAGAUCAGUCUUGGCAGAGUGCAUUGAGGAAUAUAACCUCCGUUAUCAAUUUGUUCAAGAGAUUGUUAUGGAUCGAGGAGGUGAGUUUCGAGCAAAGGAGGUGCAAACGCUUUUAAAGAGACUUGGGGUGGUGAGGCUCGAGUCUAAAGCGGGGCUUGACGUGGAGAUGUUAUCCUCCAUGGAUUACACCACUCCUCGACGCAUUCACGAGACAUGUAGGAGAUAAAUUAUGCAUGGUGAUUAAGUUGGAGUGGGAAUUAGCCGGACUGGACAAAGACUUUUGGAAAGGGUGAUUUUUCUCUGGGAUGGUGACGGCACAUGCUGUAGUAUAGUGUGAGAGAUUCCGGGGGAAGGCCUGUCAGAGGUUAUUUCUGACCCCAUUCCAACUCGUGACUGAAGGAAAGUGCUUUCGAAGGAAGGUUCGAAAGAAUUACGAGGCUUGAAAGUGGGCCUCUAUGCUAAAGGCUUGAAAGUAAGCCGUUGUUUAUUAAAGGCUUGAAAGUAAGCCCUUUGCAUUGAUGGUAAUGAAGUCUGUACGGAGAG